AGAAGGAUACGUAACUACGAAGAGGGUGAUGAUGUUUCUGCAGCUUCUUACUCCGAUCCUGUUGCUUCCUCUCUUGAUCUCGUCUUCCUCUGGUGAAGCGGUUAACUCGAGUGAGAACAGAGUAUGCGUUUCUAAAGGAGGACGAUCUCAUCAGGCGUACGAGCUAGAAGGAAAGCUUCCCGAGUCUGCUGAUCUUGAGUUUAAGGAUCUAAACAUGUGUAAUAUGUUCCACGAGAAGACUUGUUGCUCUGCUUCGCGGAUGCUCUCUGCUUCAUUAGCUCUCCAAAACCUAGCUACUCACGGAGAAGCUUCUAAAGACUGCUUGUUUUGGUUUGAGCUUUUGGAAUGUUCAAUCUGUCACCCUGACGUUGGAGUUCAAUCAGGUCCUCUUCGCGUUUGUGCCUCCUUCUGUGAUACUGUCUUUGAAGCUUGCUCAGACGCUUACUUUAGUACUAGUGAUUCCACUAAUCAGGUUAUAGUACCGUGUGUAGCAAGCAAUGAUACCAUCUGCGAGAAAGCUUCUAAGUUGGAGACUAAUGGCACAGCGUUCUGUGAAGCAGUGGGUUUCACUGUUGCUAAACCAGCUGGUGAUUCUGUAGAAGAGCCUUGUUAUGGAAGCAAAUCAAUUUUAGUGACAGUGGUGCCUGUGGUGGAGUCACUCAUGAAGACUGUGCGGCUUCAAGAUCGUAACUACGAGCUGCUGAUACUGGAUCUACAGACGUGUUUGAAAAUAGCAGUUUUUGUUCUAGAAUCAACCAUGAUUUACAGGUUGUUUUAUCAGCUGGUGAGGGAUGCGAGAAGAUUGAGAAGAAGGAACAGGAAUAGGAGAAGAUUUUAACUCUUUUUGAGUUUUCUUAGCAUUCAUAGGGAGUUUUCUUGUUGAGUUUUCUUAUCAUAUAACAUUCAUAUGGAAUCAAUUAUCUCACUGCUAUAACUCAU